AUGAGCCUUGAAGUGGCUGAAGAAUGGUUUACUGGAUGCACAUACACGCGUUUAGCCCCAGCAGCACUCAGUUCGGUCAGUGGUACCGACCCGAUCAUACAGGCUCUACAAUUAAUGCCCUUUGGAGAAGUAACGCGGGCGCUCGAAGCAAAGAUGCAGCGGCUGUUGCUCCUUUCUACUGCGGAUGACUCUCUGGUUUUGCUACAGUGGAGUGAGGGCAGCUGCGGCUUCGCCAGUGGAUUGGGGAGCCUUGUACUAUUAGAUCAGAUCCGUUUGCCAUUUCCUGUGCUACAUUUUCUACGGAAAGAGCCACUGUCAGUCAGUCUAUCCUCUCAAACGGCUGACGAAGCGAAUGAGUCCGGUCUUCGCCUCUUUCGGGCCGUACCGUGGGAAGCUGACUCCCUAGUGGCGAGUUUGAUUAUUGGUGAGAAUUCGCGCAGUAGUAUUGACCUCAGUGACAGCACCACGGCCUCUGGUAGUAGUAUCAGCGACUGGAAGUGUGACCUCGAAAGGCGCCGUCCCCAAAAGUCUGGACACGCAAGGGCUAAGGAGAGGAAAAAUGGACUGCUUCUUCGACACUUCCCUUUGUACGGCAUUGCUCUUGUUUUGAGCAAUGGGAGUCGCGUCCUGCGUUCACUAGACGAAGUGGCCUCGCAGCCUCGGCAAAACACUACAGGGCACCAGGAGAGCCAACUUUUGGCGAUAACCCCUUUGCCUGCCCGCUCAAGUGUCUUGGCUUCCUUGAGACGCUUUCGUGACGGCUCUGUUAAAUUUUGUGUUGAGGAUGGAGAAGGUAACUAUCGCGUGACCAAACAACUCCACCUGCAAAGUUUUCUAGAAAGCUAG